GGGGCUCUGUUUUCUUGAUAAACAAACAGACAUACCCAACACUGAGAUGCCUGUAUAACACUGAAAUAUUAUACAGGCCCUUAUUUAGUCAGUUAUUCAAAAUAACCGCUACGUUUCUCUGUCUUUUUUUGUCCAAUAUGGCGUCUUUUUUCCCAAUAUAUAUUUACAUAUGUUUUUAAUAAAUAUUGGAAGACAGAAGAGCAUUUCUUUGUGUGAGUUUCAGCGACGGCGUAUUAACUGGGAGUUAAUAUCAGGUCUGUGCUUCGGAGGCGGACAUCCUCCAUUUUCACAGAGUUGUCCCUUCUCCUCCCGAGCAGCGCCGGUGAGUCGCGGUACUGCAGCUCAGAAGCGGACUCGCACACUAGCUGUGUGGGAGCGAAGCGCUCAAAUAAAAACACGUUUUCUGUAGCGUACCAGCAGAAGAUGGGACAAGUCCCUCUAGGCUGCUUGAAACCCUGAAACGAAGAACGGAUGUUACGCAAAUGAGUUGCCAAUAUAUCUAACGUUUUCUUUUGCUUUUAGGGUCUUCUGUUGCAAUACAUUGCGAUAUACCCUAAGAAGAACUACAUUAAUAUAUAUUUAUAAGUAUUCAUAACUGCGUACCCCCCACCCCCCCAAAUAACCCAGCGUCUCAAUUGAACUGUUAUUAUUACAAGAGGAGUACUUGCAUUGAAAUCACGUUGAGGAUUAUUUGGCAGAUAUGAAUAACAUAAAGCAAAUAUCAAUCCAAAGCAUUGCUGGUGGCAUGUAUCAGGUAUUGCCUGCUGUGGGUGCAGAUGGAAAAAAUAUCUUAAAACUUAUUCCGGUUCAGAAAGCCGAUGGAAAAUACAUUCGAUCUGUUACAAGUACUAAUGCAGCAAGCAGUUACAAGCAGGCUGUUGUCGAACCUGCUAGAGUUGUCACGCCGACAAAUAUCCGCUUCACCACAACUGACAUUUCUCAAAGCCAGCUGCCCAUUCUACAGCAAACGAGUCAAAUAAAAUACAUUAUUAAAAGUCCUUCAAAUGGACCAGUUACGCUAAACCAUAUGGGGAGAAGGCCAGUCGAGGGAAAUGGUACUUUGCCAUCGACAAGUUCUUCGGUUCAAGUUUCCCCGGGUCCAGUUCUGCCCAGACAGAAUCAGAACCUGGUUUUGGUACCAACAAGUAUGGUCAAUUCUGAGGGCACGUUUUCUACGUUUAAUCCAAAACAUCUGCCUAUCACAUUGAAGUCAUCGGUGUUUCCCAACGGACAUCUCCUCCAGAUUCCUGUUAAUGCAAAAGUGAAGACCGUACCAGCAAGUGCACUGCCACCAGUCAUUCAGCAGAAAAUACAUGCUACAUCUGUCAGUAGCGGCUCAGGAACGCCUGAACCUAAAACAAAUUUACACACUGUUCUGUAUGUGACGCCAGUGAACACUGUUAGAAUGGCAACUACCAAGCCAACCAUUCAUCCAUCACCUACAGCUGAGUCACAGAGCCCAAACCUGAAGACCACACAACAGUCUGUAAAGACUACCCCUGUUAAGGGGCCAUCAGGACCUUCUAGGUUUUGUAGCUCAAAUAAUCAGAGUCAAGGGAAACCAAUCAAAUGGGUAGUGGAAGAAUACCCAGAUUCUCCAGCACCGUACAUUGUUCCUGUCAACAAGCCCAACAAAAACAGCAUGUCUACAAACAUCUUUAAAAGUAUUGAAAAGAGUGCGGAACACGCUGCCCCACCGCCAGCCGUUUCCCAAGAAAGCCAGUCCCAAAUCUCUUCGGGAAAAGACAACGCUUUGGUCAUGUGCAAUGGGAAAGUCUUCUUUCUGGCCAAGCAAAGCCCUGAAUUAACUGUACCACCAGUUCAAAAACAGGACGCUAACGAAGCUGCCCAGAGGAUCAACAAGGAGACGUCGCAGAGCACUGAUUGUGUUAAACACGCUGACGUAGAUUUUGAAAUCGUCUCGACCCAAAGCCUGCGUUCAGCAACGUCAGGAGCUGUAGUUCCAGGAAGUGCCCGUAGGGACGACACCACGCCAAUCAUAAUAACAGAUGAUGCAGAUGAUUUAAGCAGCGAGGUUCAGGAGGUUGGCUAUUCAAAGCCUGAUGUGAUAUUUGUCUCCUAUAUAAAGCCAAAAAAGCUCCCUGUAGCAAACGUUGAAGGCGGAUCCGUUCCAGAAAUACUGACCAUUAAAGAUGAUGAACCCAAAAAGAGCUCUACAGGUCCAGUUCAAGGAAAUAGUGCAGAUGUUUUGGAAGACAAAAGCUGUCAACGUGAAAGUGAUAGCCAGCUAAGGAAGAGGUUUGAAAUCACUUCCGAUGUUCGAAUCUGCUUAGAAAAAAUUCAACCCCAAAUGUUAACAACAACCUCAGCAGAAGCGAUCUCGUCAGUCGCGUCUACAAGCAGGUGCCCUCUGGAAGGGAUCAGGAAAUUAAUUCAGGAGUCAAACGCUAUAAUCAGAACUAAGAAGAGCGCUCCAGCGACGGUUGAAGUAAAAGUGGACGAAGGCAAACCUGCACCACAAAAAAGAAAAAGUGAAAGCAGCCCUCCAAGCACAAAGAAGAGCAGAGUAGAGAGUCCAGAAAGAAACUGUGAAGCCGACUGUACCGCACAAAGUCCCAUUACAUCUACACCAGAACCGCCUUCCCUAUCGCUGCCAACGGCAAACCCAAGCACAGGCAUGAUGGAAACAGAAGAGGCAGUGCCAUCCUGCUCAGACACCCUCGGUACCGUAUCUCAGCAGCUCUGCAGCCAAGCAGCUUGUGAGCAACACGUUGGGAAGGCUGCUGGCACCAGUACAGACCAGCACUGCUUAGUGGAGGCUGCUGGCACCAGUACAGACCAGCACUGCUUAAUGGAGGCUGCUUGCACCAGUACAGACCAGCACUGCUUAGUGGAGGCUGCUGGCACCAGUACAGACCAGCACUGCUUAGUGGAGGCAGCUGGCACCAGUACAGACCAGCACUGCUUAGUGGAGGCUGCUGGCACCAGUACAGACCAGCACUGCUUAAUGGAGGCUGCUUGCACCAGUACAGACCAGCACAGCUUAGCUGAGGCUCCAGUGGAGUUUGAUGAAGUUGUCCGAGAUGAAAAAAUCAAAAGGUUAAAAGAUAUGUUAAAGCAGCAGGAAGCAGCUCUUGAAUUGAUUAGGAGUAAGAGACGUGUGCCAUGAAGCUGAUCAAAACAAUUGCCGUACAUGUAUUUAUAUUGAUUUGUGUCUGUCUUUUUUAAUUUAAUUUUUUUUUGUAGUAGUAAUAUUCCAAAAAAUGUGCAGUUCCAUUUUAUUAGCAACAAACAUACAAUACAUACAUAUAUACAAUACAUCUGCAUUUAAUGUUAAAGAUAUCAUUUCAGUUUAUCAUUUAAUAUUUAAACAAAAGCAUAUAAACAGCUGUAUUUAUUUGCCUUGUAAUUGUUUCUAAAUCAAUCAGUUACACAGUGUUUCACAGCCUUGUCACACUACCUACAAGAUGCAGAGUGAAAUGGAAAAGGGGCUCAGUUUGAAUGCAUGGUUCCUAAGAGUUAAAUGCAGUGUUAUUUGUGUAUAUAAUGUGUUCCUUCAAUCACACAGAACACUUCCAAGACUUUAAAAUCAAUCGCCCCUAUUAUUAGCAUUAUCCUCAUUACUGCUAGCUCCCUAUUUGUUGCUGAAGAUCUUUUGGUUCUUUUAGUAGUACAUCACAGGGCCUGAUUGCAGCUAAAAACUGAGGCUACAGUGAAGCCUUGUAAUAUUUGCAUGGACCAAACUGAAGUAGAAAAUACAAGGAAAAAACCAAAACCUAUUGAACAAAAUCUUUAUUUUUUUCCUUGCUCAGAAGUGAGUAUAAACAGAAGUUGUCUUUUUUUUUUUUUUUUUUUUGCUGUGUCAUGGAAAAUGACAAUAUUACAAUUGCCAGGGAAUCCAGACUUAUUAGUUUAGAAAAAGACGCUUCUCAAAAGAAGGAUGGGACGUUCCUGGCAAGUAGCUGUAGCUUGUUUCUGCAUUUAAAUGGAAUGCGUCACAGUGCAGAGUGCUUGCUUUAGAACAAUAUGUUGCUACAGAUGCAGAAGUUCUGUAUUUGCAUAAUGUUUGUUUAUAUGUAUACACAAAAUAUGCAUUAUUCUAUUCUUUCUGAGCCUUAUGAAGUGUUGUAUUCAAAGCAAUGCAGUCCGAACCAUUUACAGCUGAGGUGUCAUGUAUGGGUGACAUAGGCUAAUGAAUAAAAUGGGCUUCUUUACAGAGGAAGCGGUGAAAUGGUUUUGAUUGGCCCUCUAUAAAUUUAAAAAAAGUUACCUUGCUUUGCAGGUGGGCAGUAGAUUUAAAUUUAGUUUUAUUUAUUUAUUUAUUUAUUUCAAACUUUAAAAAAAAAAAAAAAAUGCUGGUUCUGGAAUAAUUUUGUCUGUUGUUGGUUUAUAUUUUGAAAACUUGACUGUUUCUUUGUAGGGAAAAUGUUAUAACAGAUGGUUAAUUUUCAAGAGUGCAUAAAAACAUUUUUGAAUGUAAAGUGAUGGGUUGAGCACUGCAAACCAGGCUGUUUCAUAUGACGGUCUUGAUUGAGGUGCACCCCAUCUUUCCAGGGAUGAUCUGUAGCGCGAGAUCCUUGAAUUAGUUGGUAAAGGUGAUAAGGUGAUGUGCUGAAUACAAUUAAAGGUGUCACCAUCAUUAUUCCACCCAGAUAAUCAACUGCAUAUAAAGUAGUGGCAUCUCAUCAAGGAUCCUUGAGAGAAAUUUGGAACAGAUGAACUCAUCAAAACUAUGAACUGUAGCGUGGCGACUCUUCUGUCCUGCCACUGAUUCUGCAAAGGGAGAAGCCGUUGAGGAGGAGCUUUUUUUUAAAUAUGUUCGGUACAAAACUGUAAGAAUGUUGUUUUGCUGAUUUAACAGGCAUCUGUAUUAAAAUCUUGAAAAAUGCU